AUGAGCUCAGACCACCACCUGAACUCCUUGGGGAAUAUAUGGAAAUCGCUGGGUCCUGCACGGGACAGCAUAACCCCCCAGUCCUUCUGGAAUAUUAAGGACAAACAGGGGCAGUUGUCCAGUUCUCAGCAGCUCCCACUUCCCAUGUUCUUGGGGGACCAUCGACAGCAGAAAUGCAACCAGUUCUGGGGUCUUCCCUCUCUGCACAGCGAGUCCCUGGUGGCUGCUGCCUGGGUUACUAGGAGCUCUUCUCACCUACGGUUUCCUUCAGUUUUGUUCAAUGGAAUCUCGAGUUGCUUUCCAGUUCCAGUUCAGCCUACCACACCUUCAAGGCUUUCCCAGGUUCCACCCUUGUCCUUCCCUCUGGCCCAACCCCAACCUCUGGCUCAGAUCCCGACCCAGAGCCAUCUCUCGUUCUCCCUUCCAAUCCAACCACCUUCUUCUCAGCCCCAGGGAAAGAUCUCUGGGGUAUCUUGCCCUAAAUCCCAUGAUAAGGCACAUUCUUUCAUCCCUACUGAAAUUCAAUGUCUGGAAUGGCCCUUGUUGCAGAAGCAACUGAAAUGGAAGAGGACUUUACCCUUUGCAGCCAAAAGAUCUCUGGAAGUCUUUAGCCAACUCACUCCCAACCUUUCCCAGGACAACAGGGCCUCCCAAGGCCAAAGGUCAGUUUCCAGUCCUCACAGGGACUUUAUCAGCCCUAAUCUCCAGAAGCAACAUCUUCAAAGGAGGCUCCUCAAAGAUGAACACCAGGAUGGCCAGUGCUUCAGGAUCCAAGUGUCUCUGGAACUGAUGCAGGCUCAGGGCAAAUUCCCAGGGGUGUGUCAGGCACAGGACAAGCAGGGGCCCUUGCAGCCCUCUGUGUUUACAGGUGGAAGCAGCCAGGACUCCCGAAAGAUGAAGUCCAG